UUGGCGUAUCAUAGCAACAAGUCAAAACAAACGGGAAGUGGAAAAGAUGGCGACGCAAAGAGAGAAAGACGCCGCUGAUUAUCUCAAGAAACACAGAAUUAUCGAGCUCAUGGACAACCUGAGCAGCAUGCUCUUCUUUUACAGACCUGAGAAUCCCAGAGAGUUUCUUGUCGAGCAGCUGGAGCAACUGAAGAUUUCUCAGCAGAGUGGUGUGAAAGGGCCGAAUCUGUUCAACAACUCCAACCUGGAUGCAGUCUUCGGGAUACUGGACCCAUCUAAUCAAAAAUACAUUACUUUUGCCCAAUACAAGCAGGCUCUGACCACACUGGGCAUUACGGACAUUAAUGAAUGUCCCGAAGGUGUAAAUGAAGACAGAAUAUCCCACGUGACCUUCAAAACAGAAGCGAGUCAAGGCCUACAAAGAUGCUCAGCAACAUACGAACAACUGUGAACUUCCACGAUAUACUGUUGAACUGUGUCUUGUAAAAUUUGAAUUCUUUUGUAUAAUUCUUGUAAUUAAACUGCUAAUAUGUA